AUGAAUGAAACGCGCCGUGUGAGCCGAGUUCCUCACACUUUAUUGGAUCAACAGAAUGGUUCUAAGGAGCCAGCCGACGAGACCGAGAUAUCUUCCACAGAUGGAAAAUAUUCAAAGUCCAAAGCACCGGCGAAAAAGGCCUCAUUUAACCACACUGGAUCCUUGGCCUCGACAAAACAUAAAGGGGUGCUCAAGGGUAAGACCGCGAAACUAGCUAAGGGUAUUGUUAGACGCAGCAAUGAAAGCCCUUGGGAAGCUUACACGUUUGUCGACGAAGCCAUCAUGGACGGUGAUACUGUAAUGAAGGCCAGGAAAAUCGUAUCAGGCCAGAUAUUUGGUUUCCGUCGUUUUCCACUUGGUGAGAAAUUUGAUGUCAUUGAGCAGCAAUUCCAGCUUUUAGAUCAUCACAACGUCCUCCCGGCUCAGGAAAUAUUCAGACACGGAGCAAAGGGCUUUAUUCGCUCGCCAGUUAUGGAUGUUUCUUUUGCUCGGAUUGUGACAUGUCCUCAAUAUCCGUCGUCAAAGGCGCUAGCCUCCAUGAUCGGCCAGACAAUGGAUGGACUGGGUUACCUGGUAUCAAAUGGCAUCAUAUGUAAUUCUUUAUCAUGCUCCCGGCUUCUCGCCAACAGAGACGGCUGUGUCAAGAUUGUUGCAUUUGCGGAUGCGGAAAUGCAGAAGGAUAUAUGUGCACCAACAACGCGUUUAGUCAAGCGCCUAGCUGCAAUAAUGAUUUUACUGAUGCAAAAAUUUCAAAAUCGACCUGGCGAGUCUGGAAUCCAAGACAGCGGUCAGUGGCCUCCGCAAGAUGAAGCGUGUAAAUUCCUUCAUGAGCUUGAACACUCCCAAGAAUUCCACAGAUUGACGGCGCAUCCGUUCAUCCACCCGAAGCGACGAGAUGGUGACGGUUUCAAAGAUUUGAUUGAGAAAACUUUAGAUACUACAUUAGAGCCAGAUGUCAGGAUGACCCAGGACGAAAGACCCGAUGUGGUUUAA